AUGUCUUCCGCACGAAAUCGCCGCUCUUCGAAACGUUUCAGACGUCGAGGGGUGGAGACUCGAUUCUCGUUAUGUCAUCAUUAUACGUCUGUUCCCAGUAGCGGCAUUAGACGUCCGUAUAACCGGAUGAGUUCCAUACACGAAGGUGUUUCCUGUGAUGGCUGUAUGGCACCGAAUUUUGCCGGAGAUCGUUACAAAUGUCUUCGGUGUUAUGAUUUUGAUUUAUGCUCUCAAUGCUACAUGGAAGAACGAACAACGGAAAUGUCAUCCGAAAAUCGUACUUUUCGAGAAACUAACGAAGAGCAUUCUCCAUCUCAUCCAAUGCAGUGUAUUAUGACACAACAGGACUUCGAAUUGGCAUACCAUGGCGACCAAACGCAUAGCUGGGAUCGUUUACGAGUUGUGAUUUUUACUUGUCCAGUUUGCGGUGUUAAUGGUUUUUCACGUGAACGGCUGGUUUCACACGUCAUCGAUGAACAUUCGAUUUUACCACGAUCCCCUACGCAAAGGAACGAAAUGGCAUGUCCAAUUUGUAUUUCUACCGAUUUUUAUCGUAUUGGAUUUGGUGAUUAUAUGCCUAAUCAUCUUACCGAUAUGGUGUCACACAUGCAAGAACACCAUAUGCAAACGCAGUACGUGAAUGCCCCUAAUAAUGGCAACAGUGGAAUAGCUGAUACUGCAAAUGUGUUAUCCGAGUUUCUACGUGAUCGCGACUUGAGGCGUGUAAUUGUACAUAACGUGCCUUUGGUCAGCAAUGAUUCCGAUGUCGAAGAAUCAGCCACUGACGGAACUCGCCGUAAUACCAGCAGCCAACGAGAUGGGCCGCUAAGAAUUGAGACGGUUUCACGCAUUCGUCGUAGGCCCAUUGAUAGCAGUGCAGCGGAGAUAAAUCAGUCCCGAGAAAGUACUGAUUCUGUGCAGACGUCAGGAAGUUUUUCACCGAGACGUAUAGGUGGCCAACCACCUACAGGAUUUUCUGGCCACUUGUCUGUACAACCUCCUGCUGGUUUAUCAUCGGGCUUCUCCAGUCGUUCGAGUAUGCAGUCUGGCGGCUUUUCCUCCGUUCGUCUCUCCGCUUCAAGAUCCUUGCAAUCCGCUCGUUCAACGAGAGAUUCUACCGGUCUCGGACAUUCUGGCAACAACUCUUUGCCUGCUAAUUCCAUUGUAGAAGCACCACCAUCACCGUAUGAACCUCAUUCAGAACUUAGUGAUAGCAGUGCAGCGAUUCGAACCUUCCAGUAUCCUAUUACUGCGUACUCACGUCCAGCCGUUCCAAAUCAUGGUGUGCAGCGAAAUCAAAGAACCUCUGGUGAAAACAGUAGUCGAACAAUGGGUUAUACUAGGCGUUUCCUGGUCCGUGAAGGAGACCAAUUAAGAAAUGAAACAUUAUUUGGUGCUCCUCCAGGUUUUAGAAGGCUGGAAAAUGUUGAAAUUCCAAAUGCAAACGAAAUCACUCAGGCUAGAGUGGCUGCAUGUUCUACUAGAAACUAUAACUCUAAUGCAGAAAAUUCAUCAAAUUCCGAUGCAGUAGAUGCAGCAGUUUCGAGUACUGAUGGGCAUGCUAUUGUAGAUAUAAGCGGUGAAUACGCUACACAGAAUAGCUCUCAAGAAGCUUUAGUCGAAAGUAUUGAAGAACUGGAAAGACAAAUGGAACGAAGCAGUAAUACCGAAUCCAAAAAAUCGCUUAAAUACUGCACUUUAUUUACAGCUUUGGCUAAACCAUCAUGUUUGCCGGUGUUGAAAAUUGAGAGGAUCAGACCGCUAAAUGGCAAUGAAACGAAGGAAUCGGAUGCAUUGAACUUUGAUGAUAACGAUUGCCAAAUCGAUGAUCAAAUUCCACCACUUAAUUUGGUUAUGAGGGUCGGCCGCUCUUUACGAUGCACUUACAAGCAGCGCAAUCAAAGCGUCGCACAGCAGCAAUGUUAUGAUGUGGAAGAUGAUUGCAGUGAUUGGUGGUCGUCGCGAUUUAGUGAACAUCUGCGUACAGAAUCAACGAUACGUGUGAAUCGAGCAAAUAUUGAUGUUGCACAUGAAGCGUUUGAUACAUUGCUGGUAACGCCCGAUCGACCAAUGGUUUCACGUGGUGAAGUUGCUUUAAACCGUGCAAUAGAAGCCUUACGGAGACUAGAUUCACGUCAUACUCACAGUAGUCGACUACCUGUGGCGCAUGACGUUGUCACACAAACCAACAAUCCUGUUUAUUUAGGUUUGAUCCGUCGAGAAGAACACAUGGCUCCAAAUCCCCAUUUACCUUCCAAUUCGCAUGCGAACAACCGUCCAUCAAGUGGACGUUUGAGUAAUAUUCCUGCACCCACUAUAUUGAGUGAGACGAGGGCACGAAAAUCUGUGAAAGGAAAUGAGCAACAUGAUGGUGAUUGCAGUGAUUUCAUCAACGAAGCUUUCAAGACUCCAGAAAUCGAUUCAUUAUUGGAUGUCAAGUACGUCCAUAAAAAGCGCUACUACAAGCCAUAUGAUCUGAAAACGGACGAACAGAAGGAAUCGAUACUGAUUCCCUGGCUAGAUGAACAAAAUGCGUUGGAUCUUUCGGUAGAUAUGUCUGAUGCACAACUUGAUAGCGAAAUAAUUAAACUCCUUAAACAAAUUCCGGAGUUUGCAGAUGACGAAUUGACUGUUUGCGAAAAAGUUGUAAAAAAUGAAUACUGUGCUGAAAUUGGAUCAGGCAGCGAGGAGACAAUGUUUGAUUCGGAAAAAGGAUCUGAGGAAGAACUGUUAAUUAAGAAAUGUGAAAGUGCGAAUCUGAAACGUCCACAAGGACCGUUCACUGUUACAGGUAUAUUUGGUACCAAUUCAAGUGAGCGAAACGAAUUUGAAGAGGAUUACUGGAAAGAUUAUCGAUUUCUUCGCAAUCGUAGGGGUGUAUUUGCUUUGAAAAAGAGUAUUAAUGUACUACCGGAAUGUAUGCUUGCACCCAUGGAUCACCGUUUGAUGAAGCAGCUGGUGUUCGGGAAGCUAGAUAUUCCAGUAUCACUUUAUAGCAGGGCACAUUAUCUCCCAGAAAUUUUCAUGCGUAUUAUGCGUACCAAUCUUCGUAUCUUUUAUUUAUCAGAGGAAACAAAAGAAUUUCUGGAAGAAAAUAUGGGAAGAAAAUUUCUUGUUUAUAGAUAG